AGUUUACAACCAUACCUCAAAUUCAAAAUAAGCUGAUUUAAAAUUUUAAAAGGACAAUUAUGCCCCCUUCUUCCCAACACACAAGAAGAGCAAAUUAAGUACAGAAACAUUACAGUUUUCGUACGGGGAACCUCAGCUCUCCGGCGAGCAGCAAUGAAGUGAAAGACAUUGUUUUCCGACCAGUAAGCGUGUUGGAGAACAAAAAAUAUAGGCAACAGGGACACGGAGGUAGGUGGAGGAGUCGAGAGUCGUUGCUAUAUGAAUAAGAGGUAAACGACGGAAUGGGAUCCAACGGUUGGCCACCGAUAAUGAAACAGAGUCAAAGCUGGUAGUAGUAAUCGUGUUUCUCUGGUCUCAAUCGCUUUGUUACUGUUGUUUUGCAUCGCAACAAGAUCUUUUGUCAAUGAAUCUCCGACCACGGCGGCGGAGCCCGUAGCGGUGAAUAUUUUGAAAGAGGAAAUUUGGAGAAAAGUUAAUCGGCGAUGGCAUGGUGAUGUUGCACGUAGACUGGCUAAACAAGUUUCUAUUGAAUAUGUGGCCUUAUCUUGAUAAGGCAAUAUGUGCUACAAUAAAAACCACCAGACAACCUAUAUUUGCAGAAUACGUUGGCAAGUAUAAGAUACAAGCAAUUGAGUUUGAACAUCUAUCCCUUGGAACUUUGCCUCCUAUAGUUCAAAGUCAGUGUUUGAUAAUGGUUUAUGUGAAGAGAUUACUGUUUAGCUUGCAAAUCAUUGCCUGUUUCUAUCUUUUUCUUUUUGCGGAGUUCAUAUAUUUUCUUUUCACCCCUAUUCAUAUUGGCUUCGUACAUUUGCUUGAAUCAUGAGCAUCGUGGGUGUACUUAAUAGGACAAUGAUUUGAAUAUGUAUUGCUUGAAAAAACAGUUUCAGUAGUAUGAAUUGUUAUAUUCCUUCUUUUUGAUUUUAUUUAAUAUUAGUUUAAUCUUUAA